AUGCCGGAUGGGGGCUAUUUAAACGAUGUCCAACUGUGCCGGGAAAAGAAAUCUGGAAAUAUAUAUGCCAUGAAAAAAUUGAAGAAAUCUGAAAUGCUUAGUAAAGGACAGUGUGAAUUCUCACUUAAUGGCCUUGUAGAGAAGUUUGUUUCAUCUCAAAUUCUUCUUCUUUUCCAGGCGGAACAUGUUAGAGCUGAAAGGAACUUGGUUGCAGAAGUUGACAGUCACUGCAUUGUAAAACUGUAUUACUCCUUUCAAGAUGCUGAACAUUUGUAUCUGAUUAUGGAAUAUCUUUCAGGCGGUGACAUGAUGACCCUUCUGAUGAGGGAGGAUAUCUUAACUGAAAAGGUUGCAAAAUUUUACAUAGCACAGAGUGUCUUGGCAGUAGAAUCUAUUCACAAGCACAACUAUAUCCACAGGGAUAUCAAACCUGACAACCUUCUUCUUGAUAAGAGCGGUCAUAUGAAACUUUCAGAUUUUGGCCUCUGUAAACCUCUUGAUUGUGCAACAUUGUCUACUAUCAAUGAAAACGAAUCCAUGGAUGACUCUUCUAGAGAUUCAAUGGAUAUAGAUGCUACCCUUCCUGAUGCUGGUAAUGGUCACAGUUGGAGAAGUGCUCGUGAGCAACUUCAGCACUGGCAAAGGAAUAGGAGAAGCUUGAGUGCUGAUGUGGCUGAUGUGAGUGACUGA